AUGGGUGCAUCGUGUUGUUCAAAGCCAAAGCAGCCCGAUCAGGCGCAAAUGCAUGAUCAAGAUCACGAUCACGACCAUGACCAUGGCCAUGACCAUGACAACAGGCAGGAUUCCGACGCCGAUAGUACUACCUCAUCGACGUGUUGCGGUGCUGAGGAACAUUGCGAUGUAUCGACGAACCACCCUCACGAGCACGAUCCCGGCGGCCACAGGACCGAUUCAGCCUGCGACACCCAUGUCCAGACUGCCUUUGCCAAGUACAGCAACUAUCUAGCACAACUCCGAUGCAUAUGCCGCAGCGUGAUCGAGAGCGGUGGUACAACGCAGCUGAAUAUCUGCUGCGCAGGCAUAAGGCCGAAGAAGCCUCCAGGAAACAAACACAUCCACUCCAACUGCUCCCAAGACCGCAUUGAGUCCACCAUUGAGCUAGAUAGACGGGCGAUCGGCCAUCCAAGCAACAUUAUCGACCUAGAAAAGCCUGGCACUACCGAGAGUGUCAAUUUCUUGGUCAGUGGAAUGGACUGUACGAGCUGCGCGGACAAGCUGAUGCUGGUUUUCGGUUCCAUCACGGGUGUGUCGCAGCCGCAUGUCAACUUCGUAAUGGGGACCGGUGGCUUCCAAGUCGACACAUCGGCCACCAAUGCCGACGAGGCCAUCCGCCGCGCCACCGUCGCGAGCGGUUUCGCCCUGACUAAAGUGGUUGGCGGCACCUACUUCCUCGAUGUCCUGGCGAGCCCUGCAGAGCGACGACCUUUGGUCAACAACCCGCCCCGGGGUGUGACAGAUAUUCAAGCCCUCGACAAGCUUACUCUCCGGCUCUCCUACGAUCCUGCCAUCGUCGGUGCUCGUGAUCUCUUCGAUUCACUCGUGCAGAGGUGUCGAGGGCUGGCGCCGAUAUGUACCGACCCUCAACUGCAGAAUAGCCAACGACGCCUCUGGGACCAGCUCGUCAAAACCACACUGGCCGCCGUACUGACAGUGCCGGUCGCCACGGUAUCUUGGGGCAGUUUCCCUAUCGACGACCGAACAAGCGCAAUCAUGUCUCUCGUACUGGCGACGUUGGUCCAAGCAAUUGCGGUUCCAGAAUUCUAUCGUCCGGCCGCAUCUGCACUGUGGCACAGCCGCACCUUUGAGAUGGAUAUGCUCGUCGUUAUGAGCAUCACCGCCGCAUAUAUCUACUCUGUGGUUGCAUUUGGCUUUCAGAUGGCCGGGAAGCCGCUCGACGAGGGCCAUUUCUUCGAGACCAGCACCAUGUUGAUCACCCUUAUCCUCGUCGGGAGACUGAUCGCUGCUUUCGCCAGAGUCCAGGCAGUUGCAGCCGUAUCCAUGCGUUCCAACCAGGGUAACACGGCGCUGCUAGUCACAGAUACUGGCGACAGGCAGAUAGACGCGCGCCUGCUCCAGCAUGGCGACCGGUUCAAGCUCCUGCCUCAUCAUCGCAUCCCGACCGACGGACUGGUCAUCUCUGGAGAGAGCGAGGUGGACGAGUCCAUGCUGACUGGAGAGUCUCUGCCAGUCGCGAAGGGGAAGGGCUCGAAAGUCAUCGCUGGAACUAUCAACGGCGACGGGGUGAUGGUUGCGCAACUGACUCGCCUGCCAGGGAACAAUACGGUGACCGACAUUGCUCGCCUGGUAGAGGAAGCGGCCAACUCGAACCCGAAGAUUCAAGACCUCGCCAACAAGGUCGCAGGUUGGUUCGUGCCAGCCAUGGCAGCCAUUGCGGUGGUUGUGCUGUUAGUCUGGCUCGCGAUCGGGAUACGAGGCCAACACUAUGGUGCGGGCAGGAGUAUCGGCAAUGCCAUCACAUAUACCGUUGCCAUCCUUGCAGUGGCCUGUCCCUGUGCCCUUGGGCUUGCGGUGCCCAUGGUGCUUGUCGUCGCUGGAGGGAUCGCAGCCAAAGGCGGCGUCAUUAUCAAGUCGGCAGAGACUACGGAGCGCGCCCGCAAGACAACAGACGUCGUGUUGGACAAGACCGGUACGAUCACAGAGGACGAACUUGCCGUGGAGGAGCAGAAGGUUCUUCUGCCGCAGCCUCAGCAAGACCUCAUUGCCGUGGUCAAGGCCCUGGUUGCGGGAGGCAAGCACCCCGUCUCGUCGGCUGUCGACAAACAUCUUGAGCAGCAAGUCUCUGGCCCCCUGCCCGACGUGCGCAAUAUCCGAGCCGUACCCGGCGCGGGGAUUCAGGCGGAAUACGAAGGAACGAUCAUGCGUGCGGGAAAUGCCCGCUGGACCAACACCGAAGCAGUGGCAGAGGUUAUGGACCUCCAGCAAGCGGGCCUCACCACAUUGAUCGUCACUCGUGACUCCGUGCCCAUUGUCGUCUUCGGCCUCGCAGCAAAAAUCCGCCGUGAGGCUGUCAGCGUCAUCUCGAUGCUCCGAGCUCGCGAUAUUACGGUGCACCUUGUCUCUGGCGACCAGGUACUGGCCGCCAAAGCUGUGGCGGCCGCGGUCGGCAUAUCCCCAGAGCAUGUAGUUGGUGGGUGCACCCCAAAUGAAAAGCGCGAGUAUGUGGCCAGGCUCAUGCAGGACGGGCUCAAGCGAAUCGUCUUUUGCGGAGACGGCACCAAUGACGCCGGCGCUGUGGCUCAGGCCCAUGUUGGCAUUCACAUGGGUGGUGGUCUGGGCAGCAGUGACAUCACCCAGGGAGCGGCCGAUGUGGUGCUAUUGAAAGGGCUCGGCGGAAUUCCGUUCCUCCUCGACAUAAGCCGGGCAUCAUUCCAUCGUAUGGCGUUCAACUUCCUCUGGUCUGCCGUCUACAACGUCCUGGCGGUGACGAUGGCUAGUGGCGCGUGGGUCAAGUUCCGGAUCCCACCAGCCUACGCUGGUCUAGGAGAGAUGGUCAGCGUCAUUCCCGUCGUAUUGGCCGCCGCCUCUCUCCUUUUCGCCCGCAUCCGACAGGACCCAAAGUCAACCAAGGGCGAGUUGUCCCGGUCGUAA